AAGGGAACAUGAAGUUGGAAGGAAGGGUUGGGUAGUUCAGCUACAAGGUUGUGAUCAACCGCAUUUGUCUGAAAGAGGUGGAAGGGACCGCGCCUAAGCUGUGGGGAGGAGUCAGGAGCCUGGGCACAGCACAGAGGAUCAAAUUCCUCAGGGGUGAACUCUGAGAUAAAAAGCUUGACACUGGAGGCUUGAGGAGGUAAUGAAACAGGCGUGGAGGCUCCGCUUACUGUUUAGCCUUCACCCAGCUCUGAACAAGGCUCUGAGAGCCUCAAUACGGGACAGAAACCUCGCCACCCCUCAGUGGCUGUCCCUGCCUGACCCUCCUCGUCCUCAGCGUCUGCCUGAGAGAAAAGAAGGAUGGAGCCAGGCAGGACUCAUAUCAAACUUGACCCCAGGUACACAGCAGAGCUUCUGGAACUUCUGGAGACCAAUUACAGCAUCUCCCCUGCCUGCUUCUCUCACCCUCCCACCGCAGCCCAGCUCCUGAGAGCACUGGGCCCAGUGGACAUAGCCCUCACCAUCAUCUUGACCUUUCUUACCACUGGCUCAGUUGCCAUUUUUCUGGAGGAUGCUGUUUACCUAUACAAGAACACCCUUUGCCCCAUCAAGAAGAGGACUCUGAUCUGGAGUAGCUCUGCACCCACGGUGGUAUCUGUGUUCUGCUGCUUUGGUCUCUGGAUUCCUCGCGCCCUCACACUUGUAGAAAUGGCCAUAACCUCGUUUUAUGCCGUAUGCUUUUACCUGCUGAUGAUGGUCAUGGUGGAAGGCUUUGGUGGGAAGAAAGCAGUACUGAGGACACUGAAGGACACCCCGAUGAGGGUGCACACGGGUCCCUGUUGCUGCUGCUGUCCCUGCUGCCCACCUCUCAUACUUACCAGAAAGAAGCUGCAGCUGCUCCUGCUGGGCCCUUUCCAGUACGCCUUCUUCAAGAUAACGCUGAGCAUAGUGGGCCUGUUCCUCAUCCCUGACGGCAUCUAUGACCCAGGAGAAAUUUCUGAGAAGAGCGCAGCUCUCUGGAUCAACAAUCUCCUUGCUGUGUCUACCCUUCUGGCCCUCUGGUCCCUGGCCAUCCUUUUCCGUCAAGCCAAGAUGCAUCUGGGUGAACAGAACAUGGGAUCCAAGUUUGCUCUGUUCCAGGUGCUUGUCAUCCUGACCGCCCUGCAGCCUGCCAUUUUCUCCAUCUUGGCUAACAGUGGGCAGAUCGCUUGCUCACCUCCCUACUCUUCUAAAAUCAGGUCUCAAGUGAUGAACUGCCACAUGCUCAUACUGGAGACCUUCCUGAUGACAGUGCUGACACGAAUGUACUAUCGAAGGAAAGACGACAAGGUUGGGUAUGAGGCUUGUUCGCUGCCAGACCUGGACUCAGCACUCAAAGCCUGAGGAGAGUGGCUUGGACCCUGGAAGACAUACUGUACUCCUCAGAAGAGCAGGAAUUCUCUUCUGUCCCUCAGCCUUAUCAGUGGUUAAGGCUCCCCCUGGCAGAGCAGGCUGGCAGCUUCCAUGUGACUAUAGGGAUGAAGGUAAAGUGCAGUGGGUUGAACCUG